UGCUUGUGCUUUGGAUUCUGAAUUUCUUCUUGCGCUUUGGACAAGGAAUUGUGGAGAUGGCUGUAGCACGUUCCUUCUUCCCCUCCCAUCGCUAGCGCAUUCCAGAAGAGUAUUUCCUCAAGUCUGAGAGAGGGGUGCUCCUGCGUUUCACUGGAUGCUUUACUGCACACUGUGCAGGCUGAUGGUUUUCAACUAUAGUACCGAACGGUAAAAGUUUCACAAGUUUUUGGGGAAAAAAACCAAACAACUCUUUAGCAUCCCUUAAGAUGACGAAAUGCUGAUUUGUAGCCAGGUAAGCAGCCCUGUGUCUUUUUGCUAGAAACAAGGUUUCAGACCUUUGGAAGUUCCUUCAAUGCAAACAGCAGGGUGUGUGGUACAGUGUGGAAUCAAUCGCCGGUGCUCAGCAGAGCCGCUGUUCACAGGAGCACGUGGUUCAAACCACAGCUGCUGUCUAAGUUCUACCUACUUAACCAGCAUUGUACUUUUCCACGGUGUGCCCUUUGGUGUUUUUGACCUUGAGACAGGCAGAGGCUUGGAAGCAGGGGUGUCCAUACUGCUGCCGAUGCCACAUCGUGGCCUUAUCUAUGUGCCAUUUGUCGGGGCGAGGGGAGCCCGUAAGUGCGAACCGUGCGCCUCGGGCACGGUUUCCACCACAAGCUGGAAAGUGACUGCAGUCUUACAGGGUGCCCCGGGGAGGGCAGGAAGAGAUUUACCUGCGGCGGGCUGCAGGCUGUCUGUCUGUCAGUCCCCAGGCCAGGCCUGCCCGAGCAGUGGGUCAGGGCCGGGUGAGGCCCUUCUGGCUCCGACCCGCAGCCAAAAGCGGAGUGUGGCGGGUGGCCCUCGCGGCGGGGCCAGCCCGGACCGGCGAUCCCCGGGGACGGAGGCUGCGCAACCCUCGCUUCUCCCUCAGGCGGGCGGCAUACAGCUUCCGGUGUGCCGCGCGCCCCGGAAGUGACGACAUCACGCGACGCCGCCGUUGCCUAGCGACCAUGUCGGGGCGGCGGGCGCGGGGCCCGUUGCAGCGGGUGCAGCGCCGGAGCCGGGAGCUGCAGGCCCAGGUGGAGGCGCUGCGGGCGGAGAGCGCGGCCCCGGCCCCCGGGCAGCGGAAGGCUCUUUCGCAGAGAUGUAUACAGCUGAAGAAAUUGGUGGAUGAGAAUACAAAUGCCCUUCAUGAUUUGAAAAAAGCUGAUGAGCCUGCACCUGUGGGGAAUUAUAAUCAGAGGAAAGAAGAAGAAGAAAAGCUACUGCAAAAACUCUCUCAGCAACUGCAGAAACUUGUUCUUGUCUUGGAUCAGGAUAAUGUGACUACGAAUUAUGCAGUGGAUGAGGAACAUCAGAAAGAUCCUCAAACAGAAGAUGAAAAUGAAGAAGAGGAUGAGAGUGAAGAUGAAGAAAGUAGUGAGGAGGAAGACAGUGAAGAAGCAGAUGAUGAUGAGGAGGAUAAAUUGUUGGAUGAUCCAAAUGUUAAAGAAUGUAUUGCAGUUGGAAAUUUUAAUGCUCAGCAGGAAGGGGAUCUCACAUUUAUGAAAGGUGAAGUCCUACUCAUCCAUGACAAGAAAGCGGAUGGCUGGUGGGUAGCUGAAAACUCAAAAGGGGAGAGAGGCCUCGUUCCUAGAACCUAUCUUGUGGUCCGUAAUGAAGAAGAAGAAAACCAAGAGGAAAGUGGAGAACACAUAGAAGUGGUGGAUGAAACAGCAGAUGGAACUGAAAUUAAAAAAAGAAAAGGCUCUCACUGGAGUGCUGUAAGAAGAGCUAUCACAGAGAAUGACAAAGUAGAAGUAUUGGCAACCAUAGGAGCGGUUCCUGCAGGAUUCCGCCCAUCCACACUUUUCCAGCUCUUAGAAGAAGGCAAUCAGUUUCGAGCAAGUUACUUUUUGCAGCCUGAACUUACUCCAUCGCAGUUGGCUUUCAAAGACUUGGUGUGGAACUCGGAAAAAAAUACUAUCUAUCCUAGACCGACUCGAGUAUCCCUGAUUGUAACUUUAUGUAGCUGUAAAAUGAUUCCUCUCCCAGGAGCCAGUAUACAGGUUCUCAGUAGACAUGUUCGACUCUGUCUGUUUGAUGGCAAUCGCGUGCUGAGUAACAUUCACACAGUGAGAGCCACGUGGCAACCUAAAAAUCCUCAAUCGUGGACCUUUUCUCCAAGGGUAACGGGCAUUUUACCCAGCUUGCUGGAUGGUGACUGUUUUGUCAGGUCCAACUCCCUGUAUUCAGACGUUGGUAUAUUAUUUGAACUUGGCAUCACUUAUAUUCGCAAUUCAACAGGUGAAAGAGGAGAGCUAAGCUGUGGCUGGGCAUUUCUGAAGCUCUUUACUUCUGAUGGAAUGCCUGUUCCUUCCAAGAUGUAUGAGCUGCUAUUAAAUGGUGGUACUCCCUAUGAGAGAGGCAUUGAGGUUGACCCAUCGAUAUCAAGAAGAGCAGGUAGUGGUGUUUUUCAUCAGUUUAUAACGCUCAAGAAACAGCCUGUGCUUGUAGUGAAACUGAGGUCUUUAAGUGCGCAGUCAAAAGACAUCCUGAAUUUGCUACCAGAAACGUUAAUUGGCAGUAUGUGCUGCAUCCAUCUCUUGAUAUUUUAUCGACAAAUACUUGGUGAUGCGCUCCUGAAAGACAGAAUAAGCAUGCAAAGUACAGAUUUAAUCUGUAAUCCUAUUUUAGCAACUUUCCCUCAACUCAUGGAUCAACCAGACCUGAUGGAUGCACUUCGGAGCGCUUGGGCAGAUAGAGAAAGAACGUUGAAGAGAUCUGAGAAGAGAGAUGGAGAAUUUCUGAAGUGUCUGUUUGUCCUGGUGUACCACGACUCUGUCUUCCCUCUCCUCCGGUCCACUCUCCUACCCGACUACAAGUGGGCUGAGGAAGAGUCUGAAGCAUCUCGCUGGAAGGUGAUUGCUGACUUCUUGAAAAAGAGCCGAGAGAAUGACGGUGCGCUUCAGUAUCUGCUGUCGUCAGAAAACACUCACAAGCCCUUUGAUAUCUCAGAGCUGGCUUAUGAUUUCUUAGGAGAAGUGAGGGAAAACAAUCCUGGAGUAUGAAUGGAUUAUGGAAGA